GAGAGAGUGAAAACCUCGAGGAUUAUAAUAUUGUUGUUAAGGAGGAGUAUAAAGAGGAGGAUGAGGAGUAUGGAGUACUGAAGGAGAUUUCUGAAGGACACAAGGACAUUAUGAUGGAGCCAACAAAUAAGAAAAACCCACCAGAGAGAUGUCCCCGUCCUCUGUAUUCCCGGGAUUCCACACAGGAAGGUCACACCAUCCCCCAACAUGAUCAGGGUGAAGAUCUGAUUAAAAUCAAAGUUGAGAGCGAAGCAGAGGAGACGGAUGUGGAGGAGGCUGAAAUGGGAACGUUCGAAGAGGACACUCCUUCAGAGAUCAGCACAGGUUGUAAAAUGGAAGACGAGGACAUCACAGGAGAUUGUGGAGGAGAAAAGACAAUGAGCUCCACUAUGGAUGGAGGACUUCACAGUGUGGAUAGACCAUGGAAUCCCUCUGACUCUGAGCAACCUCCUACUGUGAGGGGCGGGGCCGGGAUUCCGAGGGAGAAGACAUUUUCCUGUCCUGAAUGGGGGGGAAGUUUUAGCUCGGAAUUAAAUCUAAAUCGGCCUCAGAGUUCUGACACGGGGGAGGAGCUUCAUUCCUGUUAUGAGUGCGGGAAAUGUUUCCUUCAGAAAUCAGAACUGGACAUGCAUUAUGGUUUUCACAUGGAGGAGAAUCUGUAUUCCUGUCCUGAGUUAUGGACCUCGGGACAGGAAAACACAAACGCCCCCCCACAAAAGUCCCCUCUUUCCGUACAUCAGAGUUUACACACAGAAGAGAAGCCGUAUUCCUGUUCCGAGUGCGGAAAAAGUUUUUUACGGAAAUCGGACCUUCGCGUGCAUGAAAGAACUCACACGGGGGAGAAACCUUACUCCUGCCCUGAUUGCGGCAAAUGUUUUACGCAGAAAUCCAGUUUUUCCAAACAUCAGGUUUUGCAUACGGGUGAGAAGUCGUAUUCCUGUUCCGAGUGCGGGAAACGUUUCUCACUGAAGGCCCAUCUUUCCAGACAUCAGAAAUCGCACACUGGCGAGAAGCCGUAUCCCUGCUCCGAGUGCGGGAAAUGUUAUCCAUGUAAAUCGGACCUGCUUGUACAUCAGAGGUCUCACACCGGCGAGAAGCCGUAUUCCUGUCCUGUGUGCGGGAAAUGUUUUUCCCAGAGUUCCAGCUUUUCCAAUCAUCAGAUAAUGCACUCGGAUGAGAAGUCGUACUCCUGUCCCGAGUGCGGGAAAUGUUUUUCUCGGAAGGCCCAUCUCUCCAGACAUCAGAGGUCGCACACGGGGGAGAAGCCGUAUGCCUGCCUCGAAUGCGGAAGAUGCUUUUCACAGAAGGUCUGUCUUACCAGACAUCAGAGAUCGCACACGGGGGAGAGGCCGUAUUCCUGCCCGGAGUGCGGAAAAACGUUUUCACUGGAGACCUGCCUUGCCAAACAUCGGAAAACGCACGCGGGCAAGAAGCUGCAGGCCUGACCUGAGUGCGGGAAAUGUUACACACAGAAAUAAAAAUAACAAAUAGGGGAGCGCUGAUCCAAGGAAUGGCAAACAGUCAAUAGAGGAUAAAAUCCGUGUGAAACAUAAACAAAUUAUUGAUAAGAAAGGAUAAAAGAAUUGUACAUUCAGUAAAAUUGGCAAUGCAAACUAUAAGGAAAAUAAUGGGAAGUGCCUGAAGACCACGUGGAUUCACAGUAGUCAUAGCAGACAUAGAGCCAGAGAUGGUAGAUGGUUGGCUGUCCCACCUUAGAAUCCGUCUGGGGGAACGGACAGGCACACCAAGAGACAGGGGUGCCAGGUGGAAUCCUUCUGGAGUGGGGAUGCCGGGAUCGUGGGCAGAUCUCCAGGAGAGGAGGGAGAUUUAGCAAGAGCCCGACGUUCCAGACCACAGGACGCCCAGGGAGAAGAAGGAAGAAGCCGGUACAGUAACCAGAGG